AUGGACCCUACCAAAGCCGACCUCGAAUCAUUGCUGAAGAAGCCCUUUCCGCCUCCUCCUGCAGAAGAGCAGACCUUCCCCUGGAUUCCUGCCCUUGCAUUCCUCUUCCUCACCUUCAGCUGCGUUCAGGCCGCCUACAGGGCGUGGGCCGACCCUUCUACCGUCUCAUUCAUUGCCUCUGCCUACGUGGCUCUCCUAGCGCUCUUCUGGUGCCUGCGUAGGUUGGACAGUUUGCCCCGCGGCGGCGUCGGCGCCACCGCCACAGCGGAAGAGAAUCGGCUCAAGUUCUCUGUAUGGCUCCUCUCCCUGGUCUUGAACGGUAUGUUCUCGUUCCGGGUCGCAGAGAUGCUGCCCCCGGCGCUCGCCGCGGUCGUCUGGAUGGUGGCCGGAGCGACGACGCUGGCGGGUAUCUACGUCUUUUUCAUUUAUCGCGAGCCCCUCGCGGACGCUGCUGGCAGCUCCCCGUUCCCGGCCCCCUCCAAAAUGACUGGAGCGCAUCAGCUCCACUCUCAAGAAUGA